UGGCCGCAAUCGGCCGAAUCGGGUACGGCCACGUCGGAGGAAGGAGUAAAGCGCGAGGUCCGGCGGCAGGAGAGAAGCGGAAGGCUCGGCUUCUAGGCCUCGGCCGGACGCCCCGGUCGCGUAGGCGAGAUGUCGGAGCUCGGGGAAUGGUUCCGGAGCAUCCCGCUGAUCACCCGCUACUGGUUCGCGGGCUCCAUCGCGGUGCCCCUGUUCGGCAAGCUAGGCCUCGUCAGCCCCAUCUCCCUCUUCCUGUGGCCCGACGCCUUCCUCAACCGCUUCCAGAUCUGGAGGCCAAUAACUGCGACGUUCUAUUUUCCUGUUGGACCAGGAACAGGAUUUCUUUACUUGGUCAACUUAUAUUUUUUGUAUCAGUAUUCAUCCCGGCUGGAAACAGGUGCUUUUGAUGGAAGGCCUGCAGACUAUAUGUUUAUGCUUCUCUUCAACUGGAUCUGCAUAGUUAUUACUGCUUUGGCAAUGAAUAUGCAGUUGCUGAUGAUCCCACUGAUCAUGUCUGUGCUUUAUGUUUGGGCCCAGCUGAAUAGAGAUAUGAUGGUGUCAUUUUGGUUUGGGACACGGUUUAAGGCAUGCUACUUACCGUGGGUUAUUCUGGGAUUCAACUACAUCAUUGGAGGCUCUAUCAUCAAUGAAUUAAUUGGCAACCUGGUUGGUCAUCUGUACUUCUUCUUAAUGUUUAAAUAUCCAAUGGACUUGGGAGGAAGAAAUUUACUAUCAACACCUCAAUUCCUGUACCACUGGCUGCCUAAUAGGAGAGGAGGAGUGUCGGGAUUUGGUGUACCACCUGCCAGCAUGCGCAGACCCGCAGACAAUCGCCAGGGUGAAGGAAGACACAACUGGGGGCAGGGUUUUCGACUGGGUGAUCAAUGAAAAAACUUUCUGCUUCUCCCUCCCCCCCAUUUUUUUUGGUUUGGUGGUGUGUGCGAGGAACAUCUUCAAUCCUACAUGGGAAUGAUUCCUACUGUGGAGUGUAUUCAAGGUCAGGGUUGCUCUAGUACUUUUGGGUCAAAUCCAUUAAGCAUUCUUGUUUGUCCUUGGUGGAAGACACUACAGCUGAAGACACAAGAUUUGAUUUUACUUCAGGCUCUUGAAUAUUGCUCAUCAAUGCUGCCAUUAAAAAGAAAACACAUUUUAA